UCCAAAUCCCUUCCCAGGAGGCUGCGGUCAUGGAGCCCCCAUCAGAUCGGCGUCCUCCCGCGGACAGGGGAAGCCCCGCGGCGGUGGAAGUCCCCGAAGGCGUGAAUGCUCCAGAAAAAGGCUGGCCCGGGGGGUCGGUCACUCUCCCCAGGCUGAUGCCGCUGAAGCGGCCCCUUCCCAUCUACCAGCAGAUGCCGACUGUGAUUUGCACCACGGAGAGGGCUACUCUGCGGCCUCUGGACAAAGACGAGGAGCCGUCCUCGGAGCCGGACUUGGUGCCGCUGACUCGCUGCCCCAAGCAGAUGAGCCUCGAGCCGGACUUGGUGCCGCUGACUCGCAGCCCUAAGCAGACGAGCCUCCUGCGUUACUUGUAUCCGUCGGAGGGUUCACCAACUGAGCCGGACAAAAAGACAGAUUUGGAAUCCCCCCGCCAGCCCCGCGCUCAGGAGGGCGGAAAAGCCCCCGAGGAUGCGCAGAAAGCAGACGAGAAGCCCCCACCUUGUCCGAAGCCCGGCUUCUCCUCCAAGUUCUCUAGUCCGGAUCUUUUGGGACCUAAAGAGCAGCAGGAGGUCCCACUGGACUCGGAGAGUGGGCUGUCCACUAGGGUGAUAUAUAGCGCGGACCUCGAGAGCAAGGACACAGCAGGGCUGGGGAGAGAGCCCCGAGAAGAGGACGUGGAACCUCCAGAUAAUGUCAGACCUGUCUAUCUUGGGAAAUAUUUUGACCGGAAUCCUGGCUGGCCAACUGCAGGGAAGCUUAAUCCAGUUGGAUAUAGAGCUGAAAACUGUUUGACUGAAAAAUGGCCUCCACCUGUGACUCCACCCAAUGAGAGAAAGUUUUACAAAUCGAGAUUUCCAGAUCCUGGUACUGAACGUAUAUUUUAUGGCAGAGCAAAUGAUCCUGAUGCUUCAAAUCUGAUACAUGGUAAAAAAUACGAUAUGUCACUCAAGAUGAGUCAUUUGAUCAGUCCACUUCCUAUAACUACAUUUCAACAAAGAUUUAAGGAAACAAAAGAAUCCAUCUAUCUCAGUAAUCGGAGAGCGCCAUUAGGGAGGUCCCACGAUCAAACGCAAAAUUUACCUGAAUAUGUUGAUACAGUUAAUACAACAUUUGGAUCACAAAACUUCAGAGACUCAACUGCUGGAGAGGUAGUGAAUCCACCCAAAUCUUCUAAACAAGUAUCUGAAGAAGCAGAUCAAGGACAUGAUCUGUACGUUAUAUCCCACAAUGAUUAUUAUGCAGGGGAAAAGAAGAAUAGGAAAUAUAACCCAGAAAGCUUUAGUAGGUGUGAUGUUUUUGGAGGAGUAACACCACAUUUUAAUGAUGGCCGAGUUGCAGCAAAAUCUUUACGGUGGCUCCAUGACCUAGAAAUGAAAAAAGGCAGUAAAAUAGUUUCCAAAAGAGUUGAUGAUUUCAAUGAAAAGUUUCAGUACAAACUUGGAAAAGUCCGGGAUCCCAUUGCAGAAACAAUGAACCUUCCACCAAACCACUCGUUUGGAGCAUUGCUGCGGCCAGAUAAUUAUGGAGCUUCUGAUGUCAUUUACAACCGGCACCCUGACCACUUCCAGCGUGGCAAGGAUAGGCAGCGGGCUGUCCUGGCAGCCAUUCGUCAGCACCUGAAGAAAGUGAAUUAUCACAACUUUGACUCUUUGUUGGCUGCGUUCCGGCAUUAUGACAUGAAUGGAGAUGGGAUGAUAGACAAACAAGAGCUCCAGAGAGCCUGUUCUCAGAUGAACCUAGAACUAAACGACGUGCUCUUGACCGAACUGUUUGAUUACUGUGAUUUGGAUGGGGAUGGCAUGAUUAAUUACCAAGAGUUUGCUAAUUUUCUGAACUGGAAAGACUUGAUGCCCAUCAAGGAAUAUGAAGAGAAGAUCCUCCUCACAGGGAAAAAACUGUCAGAAGAUCCUGAGCGUCAACUCGCUCCUGGUACAGAAUUAGCGGAUAAAUGCAUUCCUCUGAUCAAACCUGAAGAUAUUGUGCAAGAACAACCUGGGAAAGACAUGAAAACUCCCCGGACUCUCACAAGACCAACAGAUAAAGUAUCUGCUGAUUAUAAAACAACAUCUUCUCAAAUUAAUGCAGUGGUAGGAGGCAUCUCUCCAAAGAGUAUUCCCGUGUCUGGUAUUCCAACGAUUCGUUCUGAUCUCCCAGCCCCUCGUUUUCGUCGUAUCAGCGAUAGAACCGAUUACGGUGAUUUAGGCACUUCCUACACAUUAUUACACCCAUCCAUCUACAGUGAAAAGGGAGUGUUUGAAACAGACUUCUUUAAGGCUAGAUCAAAAGAUGAGAUUGCUCGGAUAUUACGGAAUAUUGGUGUCAAUCUUACUGAUGAGAACUUUGAACUUGUGUGGAAUUUGGCUUCUAAGAAACAUCACAAAGGAGAAGUUUGUGUAGAGUCUGUGAGAAAUGUCCUGGAUGAAAUGCAGCAUGCUGGAAGAAUCAGAAGGAAUCAAGUAUAAUAUGUCUUGUGAUUUUUGUGAAGUUGAUUCCUUUCCAAAAAGGAAUGUUACUUUACAUGUUACUUUAAACAUUUAAUUUUAUAUACAUUCAGAUUUAAUCUAGAAUUAGAUAUUCUAUUCUAUUCUGUAAUCACUGUGGGAGAUCUUAUAUAUUAUAUAUUGCAAAUAAAUUAGGUUUUUUAUCCUCAAAAAUUUUCUCACAACUAAUAUUUCUAAAUAUAUAUUUGACAUAUUUAAAAAAAUAAUUUGUUUUCAAUUAGCAAGCAUUUAUUUUUCCACACCUCUCACCUCUGAAACUAACUACUCGUGUAAUAUUGGGCAAGUAACUCUACUUCUCAGAGCCUCAGUUUCUUGAAUAUAGAAUCCUUGGCUUCCUUCAAGACUUUGCUUAAACCAUAAAAUCUCCCUUUUGGUAGUUUUUUAUGUAAAGCUUACAAUUAUUGUAUUUAACAUUUCCUAAUGAGAGCCAUUAUUCUCAGGAAAUCUAAUCCCAUAUGUUUUGGUCCUCUGAGAUGUGUUGCUCCCGCAAGAUAUUCAGGGACUAAGAGUUGCUAUGCUCUAUGUCUCCUUCAGUUAUUCUCACUCCAUGCUGGUAUUAACAUCUGGCAGCCUGGAGAAUGAGGGUAUUCUUGAGAGUGAUAGGAAAGUUUAGUAAGGGGGAUGGUUUGGGGACAAAGAUAGUGAGUUCCCUUUUGGACAUGUUAAGAUGCUAAUAGGGAAUGCAGUUUGAGAUAUCUAAGAGUCUAUUGGAGAUGUGUAAUUUAAUUUUAGCAGAGGGAUUGGGGUUGGAAAUUAUACACAUAGACACAUACAGAGAUAUAAGUGUAUACAUACAUAAUACAUGAAUAUGUAAACACACACAUAUAUGUACAGAUAAUUCAUAUAUAUUGAGCUAUUAGACUCAUCUGCAUAGUACUUCUAUCUGUUUAUCUAUCUCUGUCUGUCUAUCUCAGAAUCAGCUACAUAAAAUUAAUGAUUGUAUCCUUGGGAGGAGAUAAGAUCAUUAAGUAAAAUAGCACAGAGAGAGAAGAAAAGAGGACCAAAGACAGAGCUCUACUGGUCAAUACCUGAUCUCAGUUUCGUUACUGGUACAGUUUAGCCAUUGGACCAAAUUAUCUCUGUAGUCCCUUCCUUUCUAAAUGGAUGACCUUACAAACUAGUGUCCGUAUUAGCUGGAUUGUGUCCAGAGAGCAAUGAGAAUGAGGAGGAUCUCAAGAUCAUUCUAUAUGAGGAUUAAUUGGAGAACCUCAGGAUGUUUCACCUGUAAAUGAGAGGAUUUAGAGCAUGGGAUGACAGCUGUCCAAUAUCACAAAACCUGGAGAAAGAAAUGGGUCUCAUAAAAGGCAAAUUUAAACUUAAGGUCAAAGUAAAAAAUCAGCUUUCUAAAAAUAUGAGCAACUUGCAAAUGGAUUUGGCCAUUUCAAGGGACAGUGAGUUCUCUCAUUGAAGUCUUCAAGCAAAGGCUAUGUGACCAUUUAAAGGGAAUAUAACAGAGAUUAUUACUGAAAUGAGCUCUAUGGUGCUUUCUAAUUCUGAGACUCUGUGAUGAUGAUGAUAUGUAUAUAUAUAUAUAUGACUAUAUUUUUGGGCAAAAUUAUGCAUAUGCCAAAGUUUGACCACAUGUUUAAAGAUAAUUAUCACCUUGCAUGACUUUAUAUCACUGACUCAGUAAUCUUUGGAAUGAACAUAGACAAGAAUCAACAAAAUAAUAUAUAAAAAUAUAAAUAAAUGUAUAUAUAUCUAUAUGUUUAUAUCUGUCCAUAUAUAUGCAUAUUUAUUUUAUUUUAUUUUUUAAAAAAGCUUUUUAUUUACAAGUUAUAUGCACGGGUAAUUUUACAGCAUUGACAAUUGCCAAACCUUUUGUUCCAAUUUUUCCCCUCCUUCCCCCCAUCCUCUCCCCCUGAUGGCAGGAUGAUCAAUACAUGUUAAAUAUAUUAAAGUUAUAUACAUAUUUAAAAAUUAUUAUUCCUUAGGCUAUCUAUACAAAGCAAAGUGUAAAAUAUGGGCCAAACCAUAACUCUGACUGAUUAUUUGGGUGUCUAAAAUACAGUCCACUAGAAAACCACAUUUAAGUUACAGCUUCUAUUCUUCAUGUUAUUUUAAUAUAGACCAUAGCCAUUAGUGUGUUCAUUUAUGUGUUUUAUAGGUUAAAUAACAGAUUAGAUAAUUUCCAUACUGUCCUUUUAGUAGCUACUUUUUCCAGAUGAGUUUGUAUUUCAGUAUAAAAUGACUGGUCUGAUAAUAAAAUCAAGAAGUUUGGAAACCAUUAUUAUACUCCUAUUUCUUCCUAGUAAUUUAUUUUUCUUGUUCCCAUUUUCUAAUGCAAGGAAGGCAUACGGAAAAGAAACCUACAAAAAUUACAAGAAAAUAUUCCUAGAAUUUUCUGUCAGGAAAGAGAGAAGGGUCCACUUGUGUAUUGAAUCAGGUCCACUGGCUCUGGCUCCUGGUCAGUUUCACAACAUGGGUCAUAAGCUCUUGAGUACUUGAUGGCAUAUAUUGAAUUCAAUGACUGAAUGCAGCUUACUCCAAUGAGGAAAGUCAAAGAGCUAAAAAACAGUGGGCACAGUAAAAGAUGGAUGAUAAUGUGCUUUCCUGUUGAGAUUAUAGAUUAAUCAUUUUGCAUGAAGCAAUUUUUUAUUGUUUUUUUUUCCUGCCAUAUUGUUUGCACUAUGUUAUUCACUAAAAGAUGGCUGUAAGGAUAAUCAUCUCAAGUAUAAACAACAUAGUGACAACAAAUAAAGUACAAAAAAUUUUAUUAUAUUAAUAAAUGUCAUUUCUUUGGACUUGUAAAAUUGUUUACAUAUUGGUAAUUAUAUUGCAAUCUAUUUUUACAUAUAUUUCAAAGAAAAAUAAAUCCUCAUAUAUUUGAUGAUAGAAAUGAGACAUAUGUAUUUAUAGCCAAGAUUAAUUAAAACUUUGCAUCAAAAGGUUGCAUAAGAGAUACCGAGAAAGUUUAUAAAAGGAAAAGAAGAUGCAUCAUGUAGCAAGAAUAAGAGAUAAGUGAUGUUCAGUUCCACUGGUGACACUGAUAAUUACUAAAAAAUAAAAGAAACAUAGAAAGGCCGAUAGGACAUUGUGUAGAUCCUUGAUGAAGAAUUUAUGGUAGGAGAUACGUGCAAGAAUUACAGAGUGUGAGAAGGCAUGGUGAGGUAGGAAGAGGGAAUCUCCACUUUGAUGAAGUCAUAGAUCUGAUGAUGUUUCAAAUCUGUACUUUAAACUAUUCCAAAAAUUUUUUUUGUAUUUAAAUAAAGUACCUACUGUUCAAACUAAAGAAAUAAAGAAUAGUUCAACAAAAUUAAA